AUGUCGCGACGUCUCCUACAACACUCUUUGCGUUCGGUGCGUGGACCUGCUGUUCUUCCCAGAUAUCGAGUGGGAACAAGAUGGGCGUCCUCGAUAUCACAAUCUCCAGGAUCGGACCAUGUCCGAUUUCCUGGCGCCGUGAAUAGCAAAUUCACAACCAACUUGUCCUUUGUCACUCCGGCCGAACUACCUGCCAUAUCCACAUAUAGGGUCAUGGAUUCAGAUGGAGUGAUUGUUGAUAAGAGCAGGAUUCCGGAUGUCCCAGAUGAGGAAAUCCUGACAUGGUAUAAAAAUAUGGUGCAAGUCAGCAUUAUGGAUAUGAUCAUGUUUGAGGCCCAACGACAAGGUCGCCUUAGUUUCUAUAUGGUAUCGGCUGGAGAAGAAGGAAUCGCAGUAGGAUCAGCUGCAGCACUUUCUCCAGAUGAUGUUAUUUUUGCGCAGUACCGAGAAACUGGAGUAUUUCAACAACGAGGAUUUACACUCAAACAGUUCAUGAGCCAGCUAUUUGCAAACAAGAAUGACAAUGGCAAAGGCCGAAAUAUGCCUGUUCACUAUGGUGGAGCUAAUGUUAAGGCUCACACAAUUUCAUCCACCCUUGCCACCCAAAUUCCACAGGCUUCAGGCGCCGCUUACGCCUUGAAACUCAAGUCAUUACAAAAUCCCAAUGUGGCUCCACAAAUUGUUGCUUGUUACUUUGGUGAGGGAGCAGCAAGUGAAGGUGAUUUCCAUGCCGCCCUAAACAUUGCGGCGACAAGGUCCUGUCCUGUUGUUUUCAUUUGUCGGAACAACGGUUACGCCAUUUCCACCCCAACCCUAGAACAAUACCGCGGCGAUGGUAUUGCAAGUCGUGGUGUUGGUUACGGCAUCGAUACCAUUCGUGUCGACGGAAAUGAUAUCUUUGCCGUUCGUGAGGUAACCAAGGAAGCACGCCGGAUGGCUCUGGAAAAUGGGGGCCGUCCAAUUCUUAUUGAGGCGAUGAGCUAUCGCGUGUCUCACCACAGUACCAGUGAUGACAGCUUUGCAUAUCGGGCCCGUGUUGAAGUCGAGGACUGGAAACGUCGUGAUAACCCUAUCACCCGACUCCGCAAAUGGAUGGAGAACAAGGGUAUCUGGAACGAGGACCUUGAACGUGAGACACGAGAACAGCUUCGAAAGGAUGUUCUUGCAGAAUUUGCUGCUGCGGAGCGUGAACAUAAACCGGCUCUUAAGGAACUAUUUACAGACGUUUAUGAAGAAAUGACCCCUGAACUUUUGGCUCAGAAGGAAGAUUUGAAGCGCGUUAUUGAAGCGUAUCCCGAUGAAUAUGACGUAUCAGAGUACGACGGGGGGUUGAAGGGGUUAUAA